GUUUAUCUUAGAGCCAAAGACUGUGUUAAUGGAUGAGCAAGAGCAAAAACUCAAGGAUAGUGAAACCGCAAUUGCAUCUUUGCAGACUUCUAAAGAGUAUCUAGAAAAGCAUCUGGCGGAGGUGGAGAAUAACCUUAGGGAGCUCUUACAACAAGAUCCUGGUCUUGCUCGUCAGAUUAUGACUAUGUCUGUAGCAUAGAUUUUGUGCUUCUGAGGUUCCUUUCUUACUCUUUCCUUGAAAAAAAAGGAGUUUCUCAAAACUCUAUUGGGACUUGCAAUUCUAGGUAAUGAAAAAACGUUGCGUACUGGCUGUAUGAGGAACUUAUCCACCGAUUUCGGCCGCUUCAACUGUUGCUGCUGGGGUAGUCGUAAAGCUUACUACUUCUAUUGGACCUGGAGUUAGUGGAGUGACUGCUUUAGGUCAAGUUGUAAUUCAUGAGAUAUGUUGUGUAUUAGCUAGCUUUACAAUUUUGUACACCUGAAAUAAGUAAGCUAGAUUGAGAAAGAAAUGUCAAACAUUGAUUGUAAGGAGAAAAAAGGCCUUGGAUUUGCAGAAAAAUUUAGGGCACUGGUUUUGAAUUAUAUUCUGAAUACUGACUCA